AUGAGUGAAGGAAACAGCAAAAGUGGCAAACAGUGGGUUCUUCUUGCUGCUGGUUCUAAGGGCUGGGACAAUUACCGGCAUCAGGCAAAUGUCUGCCAUGCAUACCAGAUCGUACAUAAAACUGGAAUUCCAGAUGAACAAAUUGUGGUUAUGAUGUAUGAUGAUAUUGUUGACAAUAUCCAAAACCCGCACAAAGGCGAAAUAAUCAACAUACCAGAUGGGCCAAAUGUUUACAAGGGAGUCUUGAAGGACUACACAGGAAAGGAUGUGUCUUCUGAGAACUUCUUAGCCAUACUAAGUGGGAACAAACAAAAUGGACUGCGCAAGGUCAUUAAAAGUGGCAAAAAAGAUACAAUUUUUGUAUACCUAUCAGACCAUGGAAAUGUUGGAAUUUUUGCCUUUCCCCAUUCCACACUUUAUGCAGCUGAUUUAAUUGACACAGUGACGGAAAUGGCGAAGAACAAUCAGUUUGCAAAGAUGGUGAUAUACAUAUCAAGCUGUUGUUCGGGAUCAAUGCUGUCCGGUCUCCCAGGAAAUGUGGAAGUGUAUGGAGUUUCAUCAUGCCAGCCACAUGAGAGUUCCUGUGCCUGCUUUCUGGAUUCCACAAGACAUACUUAUCUGAAUGAUGAGUUCUCUUAUAACUGGAUGCUUCACACUGAGAAGAACAUACUGAAGAAAACAACCUUCCAUGACCAAUUCAUUUACUUGAAACAAAAGGUCGAGAGUUCAACUUCUUGUGAAUAUGGAGAGAAGGAGGUCAGCCUGCAACCAAUUGGUACGUUUUUGCUGAACCCCACAUCUUCAGUCAGAGAGGCUGAUCUUGCCAGCUUCAGAGAGAUAAAAGUUACCCAUGUCACGCCGACCCAUGAUGUCCCACUCAAGAUCCUGGAGAGCAAAAUUCAGGCAGAGACAGACAGCAGGAAAAAGAACAGUCUGAAGAGACAACAUGAAGAACUUCAAGCGAACCAAAACAAAAUCACGGAGGCAGUUGCGGAGAUCCACAAACUCUUGAAAGAGUCGGGUCUUGUUGCAGGGGGCUGCCAGCUGCAACAACCUCACGUAUCCUCUCCCAGUUUUAGCCUGACUCGUGUGCGGGAGCUAAAAGAUGUGGCAGAGCAUUUCCGAAUGACUUGCUUUAAUUGGCAUGAUGAGGAGUUUGAGUUUGCUCUCUCACAAAUGGACAUUUUUGCCCAGCUGUGUGAAUGGGGUGUGACCACUCAAAGUAUUAAGGAUGCUAUAACCAUCGUGAGCAGUCGUUUCAAACCUUAA